AUGGAUGCGCGUGAUUCGAUUCACGAUGUCUUCAGUACCGAGCACCUGUGGAGGCAGCCUUCCUUUUUUGACGAUGAUUCCCAAGAGUCGUCGCUCUUCGCUCCCCUCGAGCUAGACAUCUCCUCAAUCAGAUUUGACCAUCCUUACGCGCCCAAACAUGACCUCGAACGCGAACUGCGACUGCCUGAUCUGGACACGUUCGAAUUUGGGCCCCUGCCUGAGCUCGACAGUUUCGACGACGAUAGCAUUCCCAUCGAAACACCGCCCUUAGAGCCCGAAGAAGACGUCUGGAAGGUAGCCCUUGACCUGGGACCUGCGAAUAAGGAUGUCCUGUUCUAUACCUGGGAGUCGUUCGAAAAGGGAAGGCACGUCGAAAGCCAGACACCAUACAUAACCGAGCAUGGCCCCGAGACCUUCGAUGCGACGCUGAUGCGAGACGAGGGCAAGAAUGCUGGUCGGAUACUGAAAGGAGAUGUACUCUUGCAAUCGCUCUGGAACCUUGGUCUAGGCCGAUCCUCUAUACUCUUCCAGUUCAACCCAAAGCUGAAGACGUUCCAGCCCGCCAUACCGGAUGGACGAGCUUCGGGACUGAGCCUACAAGCAGCGCAGAGCUUGAUCCUGUACUUUACUUUCAUCGGCAACACAUUCCUUUAUCUACGCUCUUUCGCAGAGCGCACCUUUGCCUCGGCAGCGUCGAUCCCCGCAAGAGUGGCUCUGGCCACAUCAAUAUCGAGCGUCCUUUCAAGCCUGGAAGAUACCCUAGGAAAGCAAUCUACCAAGAUCCGCUCGCUCAUCCAGCUUCAGCACCAGUUUGCGAAGCCUCGCAAUAUCCUUGUUCACGUUGCUCGUAUGGCAGAUGCUGUCAAGCAUGCUAAAACCAACGAGCAACUGUCGUCCAUAUUACACCACCGCCUGCUUGAGCUGGAAGAGGGGGAUGAACAGCUUCGACAGCUCUCAUGCCAGGUGCUCAGUCAAGUAUCCAGACCAAGCUUGGAGCUCCUCGGGGAAUGGAUGGGCAUCAGGAAAGAGCAAGUUUCUGUGCCCAUUUGGCAGCGCAAUAGCUUCGUAACUGUUGAAGACCCCACUGGCGAUACUCUUACAUUAGACUACACGUACAGAUCCGAAAUGAUGCCAAGGUUCAUUUCCCCAGAAGACGGUAACACGAUAUUUGAGACAGGUCACAGUCUUCGCUUCUUGAAAUUGCAGCACCCCUAUCAUCCCCUGGCUCGCCUUGAUGGGUUAGCAGUUCAGCCUCCGGACAUGGAUUGGGGCUUUCAAUGGCAAGAUAUCGAGAUACUAGCGUCAAAGGCAAAAGCGUACGAAGAGAGGCUCCGACAAGCAUUGCUCGCUUUCAGCACAGGAUCACAUGACGAAACAGCUGCUCUCUCUACCCAAUCAGCACCCAAGUUUGCGACUGAGAUCCCGACGAACUCUCAAGAUCUCGAUCGAUACUUUGAAGACUCUAUCCGGCGCAUGGAUGACACACCGAAAUGGUCGUGUCAAGCGCUGCCAGACGAGCUGCAGCUUCUCAUAGAGGGGACACUAGAGAGAACAAGUGAAAAUGGCGAGGCCGUAUCCAAUACGUUCUCGCCACCCAUGUCUUUAGCAUCUACUCUGUCGUUCCGCCCCCUCAUCACCGCACAAGCGAAACUAGUCAACGCAGCCACGAUUCGCUUGUUCUUUCGGUCACAUCAGCUGCGACUUCACCUGUCACUGCAGCGGCAGUACCACCUUCUAGGUGAUGGUGUCUUCUCAUCCCUAUUAGCAACCGCCCUAUUUGAUCCCGACCGCGAGAGUGCCGAGCGUCACAAAGGAAAGAUGCGUAGUGGAGUACAUAUGGGGUUGCAACUAGGGUCCCGAACGUCAUGGCCACCAGCAAGCUCGGAGCUUCGAUUGGCAUUGCGAGGCGUUCUCAGCGAGAGCUACUAUUCCUCGACGCUCUACCAGUCAACACAAGGCGAUGAAGUUGUAGCUGCACCUACAGCGCUUCUCAACAACAGAGACAACGAUGAGCUUCCCGGACAGCUCAACUUCGCUAUUCGCAACCUCACCGAGGCGGAACAGGAGAAGGUCAUGGACCCUGAUGCGUUACAUGCUCUCGACUUCCUGCGGUUACAAUACGUGGCGCCUGCCCCGCUCAAUCUGGUGAUCACGAGUACCUCUCUAGACAAGUACGACUACAUCUUCAAAUUCCUGCUACGGCUUCUGCGCAUGCUGUUCGUCGUCUCGCAUCUACCACGCGAGUAUGCAGAUAGCAACGCUCGUUACUUCAGGGCCGAGGCGUAUCACUUCGUGAUAACGCUCACCAACUAUGUCUUCCAGACCGGCAUUGCAGAGCCGUGGGACGACUUUGACACCUUGGUUCGGACUGUCGAGACCAGGUUGAACGAGGAAGACGCAGCCGGCGAGCUCGGAGUGCGUGUCACGGAAGGUGUUGCAUCUCUGCGCGAUUCGCAUGAGAGAUGCCUGGACAGCAUCUUGUUUGCGCUCUUACUCCGGAAGCGACAGCGCAAGAUCAUGGCCCUUGUAGAAGAAAUAUUCGACCACAUCCUUCUCUUCGCCAAGAUGCAGAAUGCCAACACACAACAGACGGAAGAAAGUGUGAAAGGUCUUUACGCGAAACUCAGAGGAAAGAUACGGGUGUUCUUGAGUGUGUGCCGAGGCCUGACAGGCAAACAGGGCUACGGCAAAGGAAGAGGCACUGCAGAAGAGAAUCAAAUGGAGCGGCUGGUAGUCGCAAUGGAAAUGAACGGCUACUUCGCUUGA